AUGACAGAAGAAUCGCCAAUUAAUACGAAUAUCGCGGAAACAACCAACACCCGAGUAAAAAAUUGUAUAUUUUGUGACUUAAUUGUUGCCAAUGAUCCAAAUAUUAUUCUUGAGCCUCGAAGCGAUCAAUUUGUAAUCAUUAAAGAUAUUAAGCCAGUGGCUACUCACCAUUUCUUAGUGUUGUGUGACAAACAUAUAAAAAAUGCUAAAAGUUUACAGCCUAAUGAACAGGAUUGUAAUUUACUCAAGAGCAUGGUUGCAGCUGCGAAACAAAUAUUAUUAAACAAUGGUUGUGAUUUGAAUGACACAAGAAUGGGUUUUCAUUGGCCUCCAUUUUAUUCAAUAGGACAUAUGCAUCUUCACGCCAUCAGUCCUGCUAGUUCGAUGUCUGUUUUCAAUCGUUUUGUUGCAUUCAAUCCAAGUUUCAGUUAUGUUUUUGUCGAUGUAGAUUAUGUGCUAAAACGUAUUGGUUGCAAAGACAAAAAUGAAACAGAAAACCCAUCUUCAGUCACAUAA